AUGAUGCCACCUGAAGUUGAAGGCCGGGAGGGCGGACGGCAGGGUGGCCGUGGUCCAGCACCUGGCUCUGCAUGGGUCAAAUUCCGAGCCACACAGGUCCUAGGUGGAAGUGCUGCAGGGAUCUUCUCUUCCGUUCCUCCGGAGUAUGUUCAAAAGGAUAACUCCAACCAGGAAAAGGAGGCGGAAGAGGUGGAGGUCAUGGCUCGUCGAAUGGGCGAUCUGCGUUGGCAGCGGGAUGUUCCGCCACCCGAUUUCUCAGUCAUCAAUGAGGAGAUGGGGCCAUCGCUUUUUGUCCGGGCAGAGCUUUCCUUUUUUUCCAGGAAGGAUGGAGGGGCUUUGCAGGAGAUGAGGCUCAGAGGACCCAGACGGAAGACAGUCCCUGAGGCUCGGAAGGAUGGCAGCGAGCUGCGGAAGAUCGCCUUUGCCGAGGCCACGGAGGCGGAUUUAGAAGCGCGUGUCACAGAAUUGGAAGAUCUCCAAUGGAGUGCCAUGGAGUUGGUUGGUGAGGAUGUGGCCGACACAGCUGAGCGACGCCUGCCAGAGUUUACCACGGCGACACAAGCGGAGAAAUUCAAGGAGCAGGAGAAGAGCGUUUCUUCUCUGCGGGAGUGGAUCUACGCGAAGCAGGAGGAGCAGCUCCAGAAUUUCCAGCCAUCAGGGCCCAACUGGUCUUUGGCCGGCCAGGCGAUGGCUGUUCCACGCCUUCCAGGUGUGUGGUAUGUUCAUGAGCGGCAGCAAGAAGGUGGCCGUCCAUUGCCAUGGCUUUUCUUCAAUGCUUCAUCUGGGAAGUACUACCGCAGAGUGCACGGCACUACUGGAUCCUGGGUGCAAGCUGGCACACCACACCAGCCGCUGUCUCAUCCAAUCACAAUGCAGAGCGGAGUGCUUUGCAAUCCUGCAGAAGGAGGUCGAAAGGAUGACCUGGCAGUGGCUCUGUUGGAUCUUCAACGAACGGCAUCCACUCUGAAGCAGCCUGUGCCGUUUGUUGACAAGCCUGCUGCAUUGUUUGUGCUGGUUGAUGGUCUCAGGAACAACUCUGCAGCAUCGGAGUUCUGCGCCAAGCGUUUCCACUCGCAGAUCCUGCCUCGGCUCAGUUGCAGGUCUGAUCCACUAGAUGAUCGCGAAGUGAUCGCCAUCAUGAAAGACAGCAUCGAGUCACUGGACCAUGCCCUGCUUGACAGCGCUGCGCGUUUCAGUGGCUGUGGCUUAUGUGUGGCCCUGCUGCUGGGUCGGCGUCUUGCAGUUGGAACACUCGGGGGCUGCCGCGCCAUUCUUUCGCAAAAAACAAGGCCGGGAGCUGGUGAAGCUUCGUGGCAGGCGCGACUUCUGGCGCCAGACACUGUUGCGAAUCUAGCCUCACUGCGACGCUUGCGUGCUGCAUAUGCGCCAUUGGGUGCUGUGGACAUGGCCACCGGAGCCGUUCGCCCGGGUGGUUUGUUCCACGCAUCGAGCCCUUCCCCUGAACAGCUGGCAGUGCCCGCUGUGGAGCAGCUCCUUCUGCGUAUCGAACGCGCCGCCCAUCCCUUUGCAGCACUUGGCAUCGGUGUCUCGCAGUUGCAGGGCGGCGUGGCUGUGGCACGACAAGCUUUAGCAGAGUGCGAGCAGAAGCUGAAUGCCGCCCAGGAACCCUCGAGCGAGCGGGUAGCCUCGGCUCUUGCCAGAGUUAGAGAUGCCGCGACAGAAAUUGAGUCCUUCUUAAGCAUGGACAUGUACGUCACACAGAUCCUGGCUGAGCUGUACUACCUGGUGGAUGAAGAGGGUGGCAUGCCAUCACCAAAGCGUGCUGCAGCCCUCUUAGGGGUGGAGCCUGGCUGCGGAGAAGCAGCUGCCCAGGCAGGCAUUGAUCGGCGCUUCAGGGCGCUGAUGACGCAGCUGGCACAAGUGAGCCCGAGCCAUGCUCAACGUGGCUUGCGCAUUUUGGCCGAGCUGGCAGAUGCAGCAGCUAGAGCUGUAGCUGCCGCCCCAUGGGUGCCGAGCGGUGAUCGUUCGGUGGGUGUGACUCGGGCCAUGGGCUUUCGUGACUUGAAGCGGCAGAGGCCACUGGUUGGAUUGGAGCUCUCUUCGGAGGUGGUCCAUCUCGAGGAUGGGUUGCACUUCCUGGUUCUCCUCAGCGACGGCGCACGUCAUCUCGACACUUCGCAUUUAGCCGAGAUUGCCGAGGUCCAUGGCACACGGCCCAAAGCUGCCUCUCUUCGCAUCUGCACAGAUGCUGCGGAGCAUGCUCCCAAAGAAGCGGUGGGUGUGAUAUCUGUGAGCUUGCAGGUGGGCGUAGAGACAGAGGUCAAGGCCUCCGACACCAAGGGCCCCGAGGCAAAAAAGCGCAAGGUGGAGAACGUGACACCAAGCGGCAAGCGCAAGGUGCGCGUCGCAUCCUUGUUGCUGAAAUAUGCCGGCGUCAGCGACGCUGACUCCCUAGCACGUCGCAAAGCUCCUGCGAACCGAACACAGGUGGCUGCGGAGCGCCUGCUGAUGCAGACCUUGGAGGAACUUCGAAGACCGAAGCCGGAUGAACACAAGGACUUGGCAGUGCGCUUUGCCGCGAAGUGCGAAGCCCUUUCAGACUGCAAGUCAGCCACGAAUAAGCCACAUGCAGACCUUGGCUGGGUGUUUGAAGGUCAAUUCGGCAAAGAGUUCGAUGCUGUGGCCUUUGACUUGGAGGUGGGUGGGCUAAGUGACAUCUUCACCACUCCGCGCGGGGAGUACGAUGGAUCUUUGGCUUUCGCCUACCAAAAGCGGGCGCAGGUGCUUCUUUGUGAGUACUGGGCGCAGCUGCACAAGGUCCUCAUAUUGAGCUGUCAUCCAGGAUGGGUGACCGAUGAGCUGCCGAAGGAGAUGUACAAAGAGAGUGAAGUGCUGAUGGAGCCGAAGCGAGACUGCUGGUCUGCUGCUGAGGGAAUUAUUUGGCUCUGCACUACCGCGCCACGCAACCUUCAGUCAGGCGGCUUCUACUUGGAUAAGAUGCUGCAGCAAAAACACUUGGCAGGCGACUUGUUCUCCGAAGGAGAAGCGACAAAGAACAGCAUCAGCGACUGCAAGGCCUUGGUGGUCAGCCUUGAGGAGUGGCUGGUGGGACAUCGACCUGCGCGAAUGGACAAUUUCAAACAGACCAAGAAACCAGAUACUGCCAUCGAUCCAAGUCGAUUCCACCUGGACCGAGUCCUGGGUCGAUGGUAUGUUAUUUGGCGCAUAUCCAGCGGCAAAGAAGAGGAUAAGAGCGAAAGAAACCUGGUGAGGGAGUACAAAUGGGACCCCAGCGAGUGCUUCAUCAUUGCGCGCUACAUCAGCCGCAAGGGCGAACUCCGGGCCAUUGAAGAGGAGCACUUGCACCCCGUGUCAGAGUUGGUCUGGCAAAAAAAACCGCAGCUGGGGCUUCCGAACGCUCAGUUCCCGGACUACGUGGUUGUCUACUGUUCUGAAGAUGCCCAGGCUGCUAUGAUUGGCACCUCAGAUAAAAAAGCUCUAUGGGUGAUGUCGCGACAGCUGACCCUGGAACCUGUGGCACUGCAGAAGAUGCGGGAGCACUUGAACAAAUGUGGCAUCUCGCCGGGAGAACGCUCCGUGAAGGUGACCCCGCGAAAUUCCCCAAAAAUGAAGGUUACGUGGCUUCUCGUCUCACCAAAGUGCAUCAAGAGUGGCUCAGAUCGCCCACCCAGGCACAUCGAGGCCUGGAGCAAAAUCGGCCGCAGAGAUUUAGCACGAGUGGCGGACCAAGAGGUGUUCCAACUGCUCCUUCACCCUGAGCCAGAAUUGACAAGAAACAUCAAGAAACUCAACAAGCAGCAGAUUACAAGUUCUCAGAUGUGGCCUGCGUCGCCGUUGCGGCCUUUUCCUGCAUGGCUGGCAUUGCUGUUUCUGGUUUCAGCUGAACAGCAUCAGUACUGCAUCAUAGGCGCUGGACCUGCUGGUGUGCAGCUGGGUCACUUCCUGAAACAUGCUCAUCGAGAUUAUGUGAUCUUUGAAAGGAAAGUUCGAGACGACCGAAGCGCAGAGUUUGCUUUCCGACAUGACUGGAACUCGCUGAUUGAUGUCCGCGAGGAAUCCUUGCGCACGAAACCCGUCACUGAGCGUUCCAAAGUGCUCUUCCCGCAUGCUUCGGUGCUUUCUGAGUACCUCCAAGAGUUCGCAGCGGAGCAGCAGGAUCACAUCCGCUACAACACCGAGGUGUUGAAGGUGCUGCCAGUGCAGUCAGCAGAAAGUCGUUUUGAGUUGCAGCUCUCAGGGACAGGUCUAACGCGCUGCCAUUGCCAAGAGCUGGUAUUGGCCACUGGGUUUUUCUUGCCACGCAGCGGGGCCGAAAAGGUGGACGGCAGCGAGCUCUUGUUGGCUUAUGAAGAUUUGCCAUCCUCAGGUGAGCCCUUUGAGGGGAAAGCUGUAAUGAUCUUAGGCCAAGGCAAUGCAGCUUUGGAGACAGCGCAGGAAUUGCAACAAUACACCUCCGAAGUGCAUUUGCUGGCGCGCGGACGGGCUUUGCCAGAGGGUGGCAGUGGAGUGCGCUUAGCGUACCAGACGCACUAUGUUGGUGAUAUUCGUGCUGGACGCACUACCAUUUUAGAUACCUAUUUGCUGAAGAGCCUGGACACAUUUGAUUUCGAUGCCUUGGACAAUGAACGCCUGGCACUCGUCCCUUGUGAAGGCAGACUUUGUGUAUGGGCUGUGGAUGCCAGUGAUUGCAUAGACCGAAGAUGUCGUGAGAACCACGAAAAGAGUGGACAAAACUUAAACUACAAGCUUCAUAUUGGGAGUGCUGCAGCUGGGUCAGAGCUUCAUGAGCGAAUGACAGAUAUUGCCACCCGCUACCCUGAAGGCACCGAGCUCGAAGACAUCGACAGCAACUUUUGGGAUGAGGGCAAUGCGCGGCUGACCUCACAUGACCUCGACACCAUGGGCCUGGAUCCUGAAGUUUUUAAUGUGAGCUACGUGGAGCUCCGUGUCAGCAGCAAGUUGCUGCGACAGGAUCCUUCUCUGGCGGCAGAAGUGGCUUUGCUGCGUCGACAAGCCGGAGGUCACGACAACAUCCGCUUCCCAAUGGAUGCAGUGAUUCGCUGCUUUGGCUGGACUUUUGACGCUGACAUUCUUGAUUCCUCCUUCCAGGUGAACUUGACACACAAUGGAAAGUAUCCGAAGAUCACUACAAGCUGGGAUGUGGAAGGAGUCCCUGGCAUGUAUGCUGCUGGCACGAUCAGUCAUAGCUUGGAUUUUCGAAAGUCUGCUGGAGGUUUCAUCCAUGGUUUUCGCUACACGUCAAGAGCCUUGUUUCGCUUACUGGAAGAAAGGAACUUUGGUACUGCCUGGCCUCAACAAAGUUGGAAGAUCGCUCUGAGCUGUGGUGUGCCAGGUGCCAUGGAUGUCCAUGACCGCCACGGCCCCCAUGGCCCCAGUGUGUCGCCCAGCUGCAUGGCUGGUGGCCUGACGGCCCCCAUGGAGCCAGUGGUCGAUCACUUGUUGGAGCGGAUCAACAGCGCAUCAGGACCAUAUCAGAUGUUUGAGUUCCUAGGAGACAUGCUGCUGUUGGAGGCCAAUGCCUCACAACUGCACCUGCGAAUGCUGGAGGAGGUCCCCUUGCUGCACUUCCAUGAGCGCUACAAGGACACAGCUCGGCUCACGUGGGUCUUCCGCUACAAUGACAACUUUCAUGGACCCGCUGUUAUGAGUCGAGAUCGCGUCGGAGCAACUCGUGUAGAGGAGGCGCACAACUCGAAGUUUCUACAUCCACACCUUGCCUUCUUUCCUGCUCACAGUGCUACUCCUACGAU